CAGGGGCAGCACAGAUGAAUCGGUACGUACCGAAAUAAAAUGUUAAGGUUCGAUGUAUGCAGUACACUGGUACAACAUCCCUUUAAGCCUCGAUCGCACUUGAACUGCGCAGUGCUGCGCCCUGCAAUUAUUGGUUGAAUAGCAGCUGCCUGCGCUGGUUCAGAUUACUGUACGUGUAUUGUACAUGUACCCCGUACCUAUUAUUAGGUACAUUACAUCUGUACCCUAGAACUUCUAACUGCGACAUCAACAUCACUUACCCAAACAAGAUCGUGAAAGACGACUGCUAUCCAACACUUCCAUCGCUCGGUCUCUUCCUGUUAGCUCGUUCGUUAUUUUUCCUAUCUUAGAAUCACAGGCGAUAGCCGAAGGACUAGGCGCCAUGUCGAAUCCGAACCAGCUAUACCUCUUAGCCGACCACAUCAAAUUGUCGCUGCUCGAACGGCAACGGGCGCAGAGCCUCAACAUCGAUGGCGAUUCGAAAGACGGCCACAUAUCUAGGUCAUUAGAUCAAUUCCGAGAUGGGCUGGCGGCGUUGGAGACGGAGCAGAAGAGACUAGAAGAAGCAGGCGAUGAAGAGGGCUCGCUCACAAUCACUGACGCCCUACCCGGCUUGCAGAAGCAGUACAACGACCUAACAUCCCAAUUCCACGGCUUCUCCUCACCCUCCAGCGCAUCAACCCUAACGCAUCCGAACGACCCGGCCCUAUCCCCCGACUUCGAGCACGCGACCACCACCAUCACCCCGGGCUCACCCACCGGCGCCCCCUCAGCCCCCGCGACAUCAUCAUCAUCAACAUCGAACCUCCGUCCCAAAGGCGCGCGCGCGACCUCCAAAACCGUACGGUUCAGCGAUAACCCGACGAGCCCCGGCGCCGCCGACCCGGACCUAGAAGCGCAGCUGUUCGGCUCGAACCGGUACCGGGACAACCCUCUGGCGGCGGCCGACGACAGCGCGGGCUACCGGGACGAGGCGACGGGGAUGACGAACACGCAGAUCCACGCGUACCACCAGCGCAUCCUGGACCAGCAGGACGAGCAGCUCGACGUGCUGGGCGCCAGCAUCGCGCGCCAGCGCGAGCUCAGCAUGCGCAUCGGCGACGAGCUCGACGAGCACGUCGCCAUGCUCGACGACGUCGACGUCGCCGUCGACCGCCACCAGGGCCGCCUCGACGGCGCCCGCCGCCAGGUCGGCCGCAUCGCCCGCUCCGCCGGCGAGAGCAAGCAGAUGAUCGCCAUCAUCAUCCUCAUCAUUGUCUUGGUGCUGCUCAUCGCGAUCCUCAAAUAGAUAGAUACCACACAUACACACACACACUGCACUGCAUACUACAUACCUACAUUUUACCUUCGUACAAUGAACCAAACGAAGCCAAACUACUUAGUAAUUAAAAGGAGGGAAAGGAAAGGAAAUGACUUAAGGAGGAGGUGGAAAGAUGUGCUGAUUUAGCUGGACUCGAUCAACUUCCGGCAUCCCCGUUGCAUUUGGCAUGGCUGGGCGUGUGGCAUGGCGUUUAUCGGAAGACUUUUGCCUAUACUUUUUUUCGCCGUCUGCUGUUUUUCUAUGUUUAUAUACAACAGUGGAUGGGCCACCACGGACUUGAUUUACUUAUUAUCAACUUCUCUUUAGGUUAUGUACUUGAUUUAUAAAUCAGCUUACGGACCUAUAUA